GAAGCAGAUUGCAUUGCUGGUUCUUGACGCACUUUAAAGCUGCACUGCUUCACCCUCCUUAGCUGCGAGAACCAUUUCAUCCGACUUAAUUCACUUUCAGAGAACACUAUGAAUCAAGAGAAGCUCGCCAAACUUCAGGCACAAGUGCGGAUAGGUGGAAAGGGAACAGCCCGCAGGAAGAAAAAGGUUGUUCACAAGACAGCAACAGCUGACGACAAAAAACUCCAGGGUUCGCUGAAGAAACUGGCAGUGAACAACAUUGCAGGGAUCGAAGAGGUGAAUAUGAUCAAAGAUGACGGGACGGUGAUCCACUUCAACAACCCCAAAGUUCAGGCCUCUCUGUCUGCAAACACGUUCGCCAUCACGGGCCACGCUGAGACCAAGCAGCUGACGGAGAUGCUGCCUGGCAUCCUGAGCCAGCUGGGAGCUGACAGCCUCACCAGCCUGCGCAAGCUGGCAGAGCAGUUCCCACGGCAACAAAUGGACAUGAAAACGGUGAAGGAGGAAAUCGCAGAAGAGGAGGAUGACGACGUACCAGAUCUUGUGGAAAACUUUGAUGAAGCCUCAAAGAAUGAAGCUAAUUGAUGAACCCCUUUCUGCCUCCAUCAGCUGUUUUAUUGUUUACCUCUUACGGACUCACAAAGGUUAUUUCUUCUUGUGAGGUUGUUAAAGGUGCAACGUAUCAUCUUCAGAGACACAAAUCACUCCGGGUCAGACUGUCACAACAGCACAACAAUAUGCAGAUUCAGUCAGCUGUGAUAUCCUGGACACUCGCAGAAAACAAGGAUGUGCACACCUCCCAGCAUCCGAAGGACUCAAACUACAUUAGAUAAAUGGUUUCUACAUGGUUACACAGGCUAGUAUUUAAGAGAUUGUUUAUGAAAUUACAGUAAAGUUCACUUUACUUAUAGUGGUGAUUUAUGAAUUGAAUAAAGCAUUUUUGGGCUA